AUGACCUUACGGGGACACUUUAAUAGACCUCCUGUAUCCCAUUGGAGACUUAAUGAAUCCUUACUUGAUGACCCAAUAAUAGUGAUUGAAAUAGAAAAAGCACUAAAGGAAUAUUUUCUUAUUAAUGACACAGAUGGAAUCUCGGCCGAGACCCUUUGGGCUGCUCACAAGGCCUCGAUCCGGGGAAAGAUCAUUCAAAUAGCUACUAAACUGAAAAAAGAAAAGGCCUUGAAAGUCGAGAAACUUGAGAGGGAGUUUGCAUCUCUCAGCAAACAACAUAAAAAGGACCCAUUAAAGGUCCAAAUCGCACAACUCGACAAUGCAAGACUAGCUUUAAACCUAGCACUCACGGUCAAAGUUGAGAGAUCCAUCCGAUGGUCAGCAUGGGAGAGAGACUUGCAGGAUUCCUGGGACCUGGAAGAUUGGCACAGAGCGGGAACAAGAGCGUAUAAAGGUAUUGUGAAUGUUGCAUUAAUAGAAGCUAAUCUGACGGUUAUGAUGAGAUGGGCUUACCGGAGAGAAUACAGACAUCUCCUGGCUUUUAUAUUUGCUAUUGAUGAGAUAAACCGCAGUCCAGAUUUUCUGCCCAACAUAACUCUGGGAUAUCAUAUGUAUGAUUCUUGUGGACAUGUGAAUAAAGCUAUAAAAGACGUUCUACAGAUAUUGUCUGGACAUACAAAGGAAGCUCCAAAUUAUUCCUGUAUGGAGCGGGGUGCCCUGGCUGGUUUCAUUGGAGAUCUCCAUUCUGACACCACUCUCCAAAUGGCCCAGCUGCUGAAUCUAUAUGGUUACACCCAGGUCCCAAGAGGUCAAUGCUCCGAGGAAUGUCUUCCGGGGUUCAGAAAAUCUGUAAGAGAAGGAUAUCACCCAUGUUGUUAUAAUUGUGCUCCGUGUUCAGAAGGAGAAAUAUCAAACCAACCUGACAGUGAACUCUGCAAGAAGUGUCCUGACAAUGAAUGGCCUAACAAAGCUAAAACUAUUUGUAGUGACAAGGGCAAUGAGUAUUUAUCAUACGAGGAGGACAUUCUAGUUUUAUUUUUUUCUAUAACUUCAGUCAUAUUUGCUACAACAUCUCUCCUUAUACUUGGACUAUUUGUUUGGUUUCGGAGCACUCCCAUAGUCAGAGCCAAUAACCGGAACCUCAGCUUCAUUCUGCUCCUCUCCCUCAUACUGAGCUUCCUUUCUGUAUUCAUGUUCCUUGGCCGUCCUGUGGAUAUUACCUGUAUGCUGCAACAAGUCACUUUUGGAGUUCCCUUCACCAUCUCAGCAUCUUCUAUCCUCGCCAAAACCAUCAUGGUCUUCAUUGCUUUUAAAGCCACCAGACCUGGAAGCUCAUGUAGAAAAUGGGUGGGAGUCAAACUUCCCAAUACAGUCAUGUUAUUCUGCUCAUCCAUUCAGGUUAUGAAUUGCAUUCUCUGGUUGUCCAUCUCUCCACCAUUUCAGGAGUAUGACAUGGACUCCUAUCCUGGGAAGAUCAUCAUUCAGUGUAAUGAAGGGUCAGUUAUCGGCUUCUACUCUAUGUUGGGUUAUAUGGGGUUUCUGGCAGCUGUGAGUUUUCUUCUGGCUUUCAUGGUGAGGACAUUACCGGACAGUUUUAAUGAGGCCAAGUACAUCACCUUCAGCAUGCUGGUGUUCUGCAGUGUCUGGAUUGCCAUGAUCCCGGCCUAUCUGAGCACCAGAGGGAAAUACAUGGCGGCUGUGGAGAUAUUCGCCAUACUGACCUCCAGUUCUGGAAUAUUAUUGUGUAUGUUUUCUCCAAAACUCUACAUUUUACUUUUAAAACCUGAACUGAACACAAGAGGGACAAUGCUGGGGAAGAGAAUGGUGUAAAUGUAACACAUUGAUUCAAUGUAUAAUGCUGUAGAUCAGAUUAAACAAAUUCAGUCAUAUUGUUUCCAUCAUCAUCAUUAUGAAUGACAUCAUCAUCAGAAUUAUGAUUUUUGGGGACAUUGACUGCCUUCUGUCUGCCUAUUGUACAUAAGUGGGUGGAAGGUGGAUGUCACAGGAUUGGAUGAUAUUUUAGAGCUUCAUUUUUUUCUUGCUCUUACACGUCCCCCAGC